GCCUACUUCCGGGUUCUGUCACAAGAUUUUGUUUUGUGUCUGUUUUUACUAAUAAAAUUCUUAGAACUGUGAUAAAACAUUUAGCCAGUAUGGGGAAUAAAUCUUCUAUGCAGCUUCAACAAGAAGAAAUUGAUGAAAUUCAAAAGGAAACAGGAUUUUCCCACAACCAGAUUGUUCGCCUCUUCAGCAGAUUCACAAGUCUAGACAAGAAUAACAACGGCUUCCUCAGUCGAGAAGACUUCCUGAGAAUUCCUGAGCUCGCUAUUAAUCCUCUGGGUGACAGAAUCGUGCACUCUUUCUUCUUAGAGAGCAAUGAAGAGACCGUCAACUUCAAGCAGUUUAUGAGCGUACUGGCCAGAUUCAGACCCACUAAGUCUAAUGAAAGCAAGAAUAAACUCAACACAAGGGAAGAAAAACUCAAAUUUGCUUUCAAGAUGUAUGACUUGGACAGUGAUGAGAAGAUCUCCCGAGACGAAUUGUUGGCCGUGUUACACAUGAUGGUCGGAGACAAUAUCUCAGAAGACCAGCUGAACAGCAUUGCUGACAGAACUACCACGGAGGCUGAUGAAGAUGGAGAUAGCAUGAUCUCAUUUGUGGAGUUUAAAAAGGUUAUGGAAAGAGUGGACGUUGAGCAGAAGAUGAGUAUUCGAUUCCUGAACUAGACACCACAAAACACUGCAGCAUCAAUCCAGUUCCUGAACAAGACACUUCAAAACACUGCAGCAUGAAUCUAUUUUCUCAACAAGAGACCACAAAACACUGCAACAUGCUAAACAUUCUUGGAGUGACUCUGUUUGAACGUGUAAUCAUCUAGUUUGUAUGAACAGAAUUCAUGGCAAACUACAUGUACAUAAAAGUUUCAGUAAAGCUUAUGUCGAAUGCAUUUAACUAUCCUGUCACAAAACUUAAUAUGUGUUAUUAUUGUUAAGGUACUAAUUAUUCAUUCACUCAGCACUAACUAUUUAUUUUUAUAUUUAAACAGGAAUUAGGCUAUUUAUAUAUUAUGAUGUAUUAUAUUUAUGAAGUACACACUUCUACUUGUAAUGCUUUUAGCAUGCCAUGACUUGACCUGUGUCAUAAUACUAACAGCAGCUGGUUUGCUUUAAUCUGAUGGUUAUCUUUUAACUUUUAUUAGGGUGUUUUGGGUAUGUGUGAAUGACAAACCGAGUUUGUAAAUUACAAUUUUUAUUGACUGAGCGGUUUUGGAUUGAAAAUAUAAGAAAAUGAACAAAUUUCAGACCAAAUUUUUUAACUGUUUUUCUGUUACUGAAAUUAGUCCGACGUAGUCAAAAUUGGUCCAGACCAGCAAGUUUUUAGAAGCCCUGCAUAUUAGUAUACAAUCUUAUAUCAUAAAGGAUUUUCAUUUGAUUGCUAGUGCUGUAAAUAAAGUAUGUAUAUUUUUCACUAAAAAAUAAUAUUUUUUUAAGAAUUUUGAGUGGGAAAAAAGCAAUAAAAGCUGUAACCUUACAGUUUAAUUAAAUGUUGUUGCUUUUUUGAAAAUUAAAAAAGUUACCUUUUGUUUCAAAAUAGUCUGUUUCAAAAGAAACAGCGUGAUUUAAGAAAUAAAUUGGAGUUAAUGUUUAAUCACUCAAAGACAUGGCACUUCCAAACAGAUAGAACUGGUAGUUUUCUUUACUUUAAAUAUAUGCAAAGGUUUAAGAAUCCACUUUUCUCCCACCUCAGAUAAGUAGAUCCAUUAAUUUAACCAUGCUAGAAAUUCUUAUCUUGCCCACGGGCGAAGAUAAAAUGCCCGUAUGGAACUUCUUUUUAUGGUCACCACAUUGUAAUUACCUCCCUUGUUGAAGACUGUCGUCUGUAGCGCAUCAUGGAAACCUUGUCUUGUGGCAAUAUUUAGAACGCUAGUUAAUCAUUUCUCGCUUCAAAUGUCACCAGAAAACAGUUUUCACACACCUUUCAAGAAAUAAUGCUUUACUCUUCUUAGAACUAUUUAAAGACCGAUCAGACCAUUUACAUACUCUGAAUCACUGCGCGAAUAUCCAUGACAACCACAAAUUAUCACAUAUCCGUACGCAAUUAUUUUCACUAAGCACAAAAGAGUUCCAGCAAAAAAAUACAUUUUUACUUAAUUUUGUUUAACUGAGGUGGGAGAAAAAGGAUCUACCAUAGCCGCUUGUGUAAGAUAGGUUCAUCCCGACCCUCAUGCAGGGUGUUUUGCGGAAACUCAGUAAACCUCGUUUCCGCAAAACACCCUACGCUCUGGUCGGAAUGAACCUAUCUUACACUCUCGGCCAUGGAAGAUACUUAUAAUCUUGAUAGCAAUUAUAUUGGAUAGGAAAUAACAUGCCCUACUUGCAUAUACAAUAUGUUAGCAAUAUAUACAGCAAAUAUGACAUACGUUAUCAUUACAAUACAUAUGAGCAUUUAAAUAUAAGUACAUGUUUAUUUAUUUCUUUUGAUGUACUUUUGAAAAUAUGUUUCCUUGAUUAAACGGGUAUAGUUAGUUUUGCUGUAUGUUAUGUGUAAAAGAUCUAGUAUUUUUGUCAUGUUUAUAAUGGGCCGCUUGUUCCGAACUUUGAUAGAGUUAACAAUGUGAUUAACAACAUCGUUGUUAACUUUUAAAGGAAAAUAUUUACGAUGUGCUAAAAUAUUUAAAUAUAAACAAGAACAGCUGAAACAGUGGUCUGAAAUCUUGUUAAAUAUACAGUAGAUCACAAAUGGAUCCAUUAAAUUUUCAGAGCAGGAAUUAUUUGAAAGUUAACAAUAAUUGGGUUAACAAUGUUGUGAGCUUUAACAUAGAUCAGACUAUCGGCCAAAUGUGUAUUAUAUUAGGAGGUACAUGUACUCCUUAAAGUUUUACUUGUAUUUGAAACUUCAUUCGGAACUUCUCCACCAUUUUGAUCGAAAACAACCUCGGACGUAUUCCGGUACAUCUGUAGAAGUAGUUUGUAAAAUUUUGAAUUAUGUCAUUAACUAAAUGUGGUGUUUUAACAUGCAUUUGUAUUAUCUAAGUUUAAAUUGAUUGCCAGUGAAAUGUAUUAUUGCAAACAUAAUUAAGAUUUCCAAGAGUCAAGUCAUUAAGUUUAACUGCUAAAUUAAAUUACUACACAAUCUACUUGCAGGUGACUUAAAAAGAUCUAAUUUCUGACAUUGUAAACCGUCCAUAUUCAUCCAAGGUUGUUUUUUUAUAAAAAUUGCCGAGGAGUUACAAAUGUUUGAAACUUGAUUCAAAUAUGGCCAUAUUGCAGGAUCUCUGAAACAAAAACAAAUAUUUAGAAAAUUAUUGUUAUGAAUAGGUUAAUUAAAAUAAAGAAAAUGGUUUAAAACACUUGGUUAUGAAAAAUAUUAUAUUAUUAUAAAUAUACAGAUGAAGGUUUUUAUUUUAUCAAGGGUAAUAUAUAGGUCAAAUAGAAGGUUUUUCAUCAAGGGUAAUAUAUAGGUCAAAUAGAAGGUUUUUAUUUCAUCAAGGGUAAUAUAUAGGUCAAAGUUUUUAUUUCAUCAAGGGUAAUAUAUAGGUCAAAUAGAAGGUUUUUAUUUCAUCAAGGGUAAUAUAUAGGUCAAAUAGAAGGUUUUUAUUUCAUCAAGGGUAAUAUAUAGGUCAAAAAGAUUAUACAAGUUCUUACACUCAUAAUGCAUAUUGAUGUCAGCAAGUAAUAUUAUAUGAAAUCCAACUGUCACUGAUUUACUCAGAAUUUAUUAUUUACAUGUGUUUGUGAUGGAAACCGUCUGCCAUUUUUUGGCAUACAUGUAACAUUAACAGGCUUUAUAUAUUGCGAAAAAAAUCAUAUUCUUUUUAGAUCUCAAUUUUUCUUGACAAAAUGAGGUUGGCUUUAUUUUGUUUAAAAAAAGGUGCUUUUUAUUAUUUAUAAUUUAUAUGCUAAACCAGUAAACGUUAACCCAGUUUUGAUAAGCUUUUUUUAUUCAUGACACAUUUAAUUCUGUCACCAGAAAAGCAUGGCAGACACUUAAGGUUAAGUUUGUCUAUUGUUGUCAUUGUAGACGGGGUUCUAAAGUUCCGGAUUAAUCCUGAAAUCCAUCGUUGGAUACCCCCGAUACACACCACGCAAUGCUUCGUUGUGUACCAUUGGCAAUUUGACUAGGAAAAUCUCAUAAUCAUGAAUAAUUAAUGAGGCAGUUUCAUUGGUUCCACAAAGUACCAGAUGCUUUACGAUUGAAAAAUAUUCUGGCGAAUGCCGGAGUUGAACCGGGUCCGCCUUCUCAGUACAAUAAUACUUGGCAGCAGUCAUGACCAGACGGCCACGGAGACUACUGACACUGUAAAGUUAUUGAACAAUAUUUGAGUGUAACAUGCAAAUUCAUUUGAAGAAGAGUUGUCUCUCCUGCCUCAUGCAUAUUCAUUAAAACGAGAUUAUUAGUCAAUUGUCCCACGGUAUGUAUGAAGUGUAAUGGAAGAAAGUAACCGUGGUUGCCAACAAUGCCUGAAAUCAGGAUUAAGAACUUCUGAUAAUUGUACAGUUGUAAAAAUUGUUUUUUGCUCCAACAUUUGCAUUAAAAGCAGUAUGUAAUACCUUGAAAUGAAUAUAGAUGACUUUGGAAACAAUUUCUAAAAGGGGUCUAAGCCCCUUGACCCUCAGUUGGGCAUGACUCCCUUUAUACUCAAAACAGACCCCAGGCUGUAGACCACAUUGUCAGUGUCACACUUUAUAUACGCAGUACUUUUUGAACAACUUGGUAUAGAGCCUUCAAUCUUGCGUUGUACUGUGGUCAUUAUGUCAUUAGUUCACCCCUAUUGGUUUUUGGGGUCAAAGGUCAUUGUUGCCUAAAAAAAUGAGCACUUAUGUUUCUGAUGAAUAUUUUUGAACAACUUGGUGUAAAAUUUUCAAACUUGGUAUUGGCCAUUUGCUAUGGUCAGUAGGUGACCCCUAUUUAUUUAAAGGUCAAAGGUCAAGGACAUGGUCUUAAUAGAAAUAUUAUUGGUUUUCCCGACAGGCAACAUAUCUGAUGCACGGAAAUCAAGUUUAUUUUUGUGAUAGCAAUUGAUGAACUCUUUUAAAUUGUAAAUGAGCACUUUAUCAAUUGUCUUGUUGAAAAAUGUUUGCAAAAUAAAAUUUGGUGAAGUGAAA